CAGCGUUUGGAUCCAGGUCGCUCUGUCCCCAAAGACUGUCACAAAACAGGGGCGCCCUGCUCCCGCCGAUGGGGAAAACACCCACGACAGCCCCCGGAGGUACACCGAAGCCACCUCCACGGCUCAUGGCCCGGGCCACAUCCUUCAAGGGCGGAGCUGCGGGGUCCGAGGAACGCGAUCCGCCCUUGACAGCGGAGCUCGCACCGCCCGUCCUCGAAUCCAGCGGUCAACGCAGGCGCCACUGAGAUGCGGCUUUAAAGGCAGACGGGACGGGGAGCGGUCGGAUGGGUGAGGGUUGCUCAGGAACAGCUGGACGCAGGAGCACUCCAGGAGGAACGUGACGCGGUCCCUAAGCACGCCCGCCCCAACCCUAACCUUCCCUGCGCCCGCCGGGACCCGAGCAGGAUGCGCUGGGGCGAAGUGCAGCCGGGCGCGGCCUAGUGCCGCGCGGGAGAGGGCGCUGCUCCGCUCCGCCACCUGCCGCCGGCCCCGCGCGUCCCCGACCUUCGCUCCUCCGGGCGCGCGCUCGCUUGCCUGCUUCCGGCCGCCGCCGCCGCCACCGGGGCCAUGGCGACCUGCUUGCGGCUGCAGAGCUGCGGGGCCCCGCGCCUCCGACCCGCGCUUCCCGGCCGCGGCCUCCGCCCCCGCGCCGGAUGCUGGGUGCGCCGGCCGGCCGAACUCCGUGCCUACACCCCGGGCCUGGGGGGCCUCCCUGAGGCGCUGCUGCGCACCGACAGCUUCGUGGGCGGCCGCUGGCUCCCGGCCGCCGCCGCCUUCCCGGUGCUCGACCCGGCCAGCGGUGCCGAACUGGGCCGAGUGGCCGACUGCGGGGCGCCCGAGGCCCGCGCCGCCGUGCGCGUCGCCUACGAUGCUUUCUGCAGCUGGAGGAGCGUCACCGCCAAGGAAAGGAGUUCAGUGCUUCGGAGAUGGUACGACUUGAUGAUACAAAACAGGGAGGGCCUUGCCAAGAUAAUUACAGCCGAAAGCGGAAAGCCGCUGAAGGAGGCGCAGGGAGAAAUUCUGUACGCCGCCCACUUCCUGGAGUGGUUUUCGGAGGAAGCCCGCCGCGUGUACGGGGACGUCAUCUCCACCCCCGCCAAGGAUAAGCGGGCCCUGGUGCUCAAGCAGCCGCUCGGUGUGGCCGCGGUCAUCACCCCGUGGAACUUCCCCAGCGCCAUGAUCACCCGAAAGGUGGGGGCCGCCCUGGCAGCCGGCUGCACCGUGGUGGUGAAACCCGCCGAGGACACGCCCUUCUCAGCCCUGGCCCUGGCCGAGCUCGCACACCGGGCCGGCGUCCCUCCCGGGGUCUACAACGUCGUGCCCUGCUCCCGGAAGAAGGCCGAGGUCGUGGGCGAGGCGCUUUGCACUGACCCGCUCGUGUCCAAAAUUUCCUUCACUGGCUCGACAGCCACCGGGAAGGUGCUGCUGCGCCACGCUGCCGGCUCCGUGAAGAGGGCGUCCAUGGAGCUGGGCGGCCUCGCCCCGUUCAUCGUGUUCGACAGCGCCGACGUGGACCGGGCCGCGGCGGGGGCCGUGGCCUCGAAGUUCAGGAACUCCGGGCAGACCUGCGUUUGCUCAAACCGCUUCCUGGUGCAGAGAGGCAUCCACGACUCCUUUGUGAAGAAGUUUGCCGAGGCGAUGAAAACCCAGCUGCGUGUGGGCAACGGGUUCGAGGAGAGGACGACUCAGGGCCCACUGAUCAACGAGAAGGCAGUGGAAAAGGUGGAGAAGCACGUGAGUGACGCCCUUUCCAAAGGCGCUACCGUGGUGACCGGCGGGAAGCGGCAUCAACUUGGAGGGAAUUUCUUUGAGCCCACCCUGCUCAGCGAAGUCACCCAGGACAUGCUCUGCUCCCGGGAGGAGACGUUCGGGCCCCUGGCACCGGUGAUCAAGUUCGACACAGAGGAGGAGGCUGUGGCGAUCGCCAAUGCGACCGAUGUCGGGUUAGCAGGUUAUUUUUACUCCCGAGACCCGGCCCAGAUCUGGCGGGUGGCGGAGCAGCUGGAGGUCGGCAUGGUGGGCGUCAACGAGGGGCUCAUCUCCUCCGUGGAGUGCCCAUUCGGCGGCGUGAAGCAGUCCGGCCUGGGGCGGGAGGGCUCCAAGUACGGCAUCGACGAGUACCUGGAGGUCAAGUACGUGUGCAUCGGAGGCCUAUAGAGUUCUCUCUUCAGAAAAUAAAGCGGGAGGUCACCUACAUACAUGCCAACACGCCCCAAGUCAUUCCAAAUCAUAGAGUAUGUGAAUUACGAGUUUUGUAACGCUUGUCCAGUCCUCAAAAUCUUAAACAGGUGGGCCCCUGCCUGCCCCUUCCCUAACGAGGGGCCAGCGGGGUCCGAGUGCCCCUGGCUGCAGGCUCCCCGAGAACCCACCACAGAGUGGCGUCGUGGGUGGGGAGGCCCAUCACGUGGCUCCGGAGCUCGGACCCAGAGGAGAGCAUCACCUGGCCUACCAGGUGCUUCACACACCCCAGGGCUAAGAAGGGUGUUUUGAUUUCCAAGUGGUUGGGCGGAAACAACACUGUUUCGUGGCAUAAGAGACUGGUGUGAAACUCAGACUAAAGUGUCCGUACACGUGAUGUCGGGGAGCCCCUGCACCCCUGUUUACUUGCAGCAGAGAUGGGAGGCUCACAUAGCCUCAGACAGCUGCUCUGGCCCCUGACGGGCAGAUCCCCACCCCGACCCAGACCAAGAGGGAAGCGUGACCUCACGGGCAUCGCUUUUUGUUGAAACACCUGCUGUACAAACAGCAUCCUCCGGAGAUCACGCCAGUGAGCUCUCACCAAGAGCCCCAGGCAACAAUCAAGGAACUCGAACGAUGCUACGCAGGUGCCCGGGCUCCUCAGCCUGGGGAAGCCCUUCUCCAUGCGCUGCCCGCCCCCCCAGCACACACGCAGACCCUGACUUCCAGACCACACUACACGGUUCGCCUCCACCCUGUGCGCGGCUGUCAGGUGCGAAGUCCUGCCAAGUGUUCUUCCCUCCUUCCUCGCCCACCUGUGUUCCCGAGGGAGGACCCGGUGGGCGACCCGAAGCACCACACAGCCACAUCUGUGUCAUUGUUGACGUGCUGCCUCUGAGCCGUGCCGUGGGGCGGUCCUCUCCAAGGACCGGGGCCGGGGAUUUGAUUCUUUGUGCGCCGCCACCUUAGACAGCAUUUCCCUGGAAUAGCAUUUACACUGUGCCUCUCUCUGUGCUACAUUUUAGGGGAUAAAACUUGGGAACUAGUUGAGAGUGUACAAAUGUUAUGUUUUUUUAAGCAACUGCACACACUCACGUUUUUCCAGGUCUGAUAAUUGUGUAUCGAUAUCAGCAGAACUGUGCAUAAUUAAUAAAUGUUGAAUUAACAGGA